AUGUCGUCGCUUGGACAGGGUAGCGAGCCCAGCAUCAGUUACGUUGAUGCGAGCAACUUUUCCCCUCUAUCUGGCACAAAGCUCGCCGUUGACAUCGAUUGUUCGAUAUCCUCAUAUCCCGUGUUGUUGUGGGGAAACUGCAUUUUCUGGCCGUUGUCGUACAUUGACAAUCGGGUGUCGAUGGCAGUGGUUCAAACAAACACGGCAGGCGCUACCAUCAGGACCGUGGAGGCAACUGGUGCUCGGUAUAUCAACAACAUCCAGAUCGAUACCGCCAACAAGAGAUUUGCGCCUCAGUUUCAGUCGGCAGCUCCUGUAGUAGUCAAGGAUAAUGAUACCGAGCCCUUAUGCCCACCAUCCCAUCGCCAUGAAUUUGAAAUAGGGAUAAUAUGCGCCUUGGAGACUGAGUUCAACGCCGUUACCCCGCUCUUCGACCAAUACUGGGACGAGGAUGGCGAUCGCUACGGCAGGAUCUCAGGGGAUCAAAACACCUACACAACUGGCAGGAUAGGCAAAUACAAUGUGGUUCUUGCCCUCCUACCGGGUAUGGGUAAAGCCAGCGCAGCGGGAGCAGCAGCAAACUUCCGUUCCAGCUACAGAGGAGUGCAGCUUGCUCUGCUUGUAGGCAUUUGCGGCGCUGUCCCGAAGAAUGCAGAAGGUAAGGAGAUAUUGCUGGAUGAUGUCGUGAUCAGUCAAUAUGUAAUUCAAUAUGACUUUGGGAGACGUCUGCCGGACGAAUUCAGAAGGAAAGAUACGCUGCAGGACAGUCUUGGGAGAGCCAAUGCGGAUAUCCGCGCCUUUGUAGCAACAUUAAAGACGCGGAGAUUCUUGCACCUUCUCCAGUCGCGAACGCUGCACCACCUUGAAGACCUUCAGAUGAAAGUCGAUGACGGGGAAUAUGAGCCUCCUGAUAUUGUGGAAAACCGAUUGUUUCAGCCUACCUAUCGUCAUAAACAUUCCGAAGAUCAAAACUGUCGUAUUUGCAACCGGUGUACCGGCAAAUCGGAUCCUGUCUGUGAAGACGCUCUCGACUCUACAUGUACAGAACUGAAAUGCGAUGAGAGCCAACUAGUGCCAAGGCAGCGACUUGCAGGUAUAAAAGGCAAUCAGAACAGCGGUAACGCGCAUAAGCCUGCUAUACACUUUGGGCCGAUUGCAUCUGGGGACACAGUCAUGAAAUCUGGGGAGGAUAGAGAUAUGAUUGCGGCAAUCGAUAACAUCAUUGCCUUUGAGAUGGAGGGGGCGGGUGUAUAG